UUGGGAGGAGCCGGGAGGCUGUGGCGGUGUGAUAUUGAGGGCUUGAGCCGGUCGUCUUCCGCUAGAGCCCGGCCUGAGGCCACCAUGACCUGGGAGCUGGUGCUCUGGUUGCUGGCGCUGGGCGCGCUGCUUCUACUCCUGGUGCAGCUGCUGCGCUUCCUGCGUGCCGACGGCGACCUCGCUCUGUUGUGGGCUGAGUGGCAGGGGCGACGCCCAGAAUGGGAGUUGACGGACAUGGUGGUGUGGGUGACUGGAGCAUCCAGUGGGAUUGGCGAGGAGCUGGCUUACCAGCUGUCUAAACUGGGAGUUUCUCUUGUGUUGUCAGCCAGAAGAGUGCAUGAGCUGGAGAGGGUGAAAAGAAAAUGCCUAGAGAAUGGCAAUUUAAAAGGAAAAGAUAUACUCAUUUUGCCCCUUGACCUGACUGACAGAAGUUCCCAUGAGGGGGCAACUAAAGCUGUUCUCCAGGAGUUUGGUAAAAUUGACAUUCUGGUCAAUAAUGGUGGAAGAUCCCAGCGUUCUUUGAUUAUGGAUACCAACUUCGAUGUCUUCAAGGAGCUAAUUGAGCUUAACUAUUUAGGGACAGUGUCCUUGACAAAGUGUGUCCUACCUCACAUGAUCGAGAGGAAACAAGGAAAGAUAGUUAUUGUGAAUAGCCUUGCAGGCAUUGUAUCUGUACCUCUAUCCAGUGGAUAUUGUGCCAGUAAGCAUGCUCUUCGGGGUUUUUUUAAUUGCCUUCGAUCUGAACUUACCAAAUAUCCAGGUAUAAUCAUUUCUAACAUUUACCCAGGACCUGUCUACUCAAAUAUUGUGAAGAAUGCACUAGCUGAAGAAGUCACAAAGACUGUGGUCCAUGCUGGAGAUCAGUCGUACAAGAUGGCAACUAGUCGUUGUGUGCGGCUGAUGUUAAUUGCCAUGGCUAACGAUUUGAAAGAAGUUUGGAUUGCAGAGCAACCUUUCUUGUUGGUGGCAUAUUUGUGGCAAUAUAUGCCAACCCUGGCCAUUUGGAUAACCAACAAAUUAGGGAAGAAAAGGAUUAAUAACUUUCAGAGUGGUAAGGAUGCAGAUUCCUCUUAUUUUAAAAUUUGGAAGACAAAACAUGAGUGAAAGGAGCACUUGUAAUUUUCUGGCCAUUGAAGGGAGAAGUGGAAAACAUAACAGCAAUCUUAUGCCCAGAAGAAUAACUGAAGGCUAAUUUGUGAUUUUUUUACUUCUUGAUACAAUUUUCCUUUUAGUGUACAAUAAAUAAGAAAUAAGACUGUCAUAAAUCUUGCAAAACAGUAUUAACAUACUACAUUCUUGAAUAAAAGAAUAUUUUAAAAAUA